ACAAUGAAUGAUAAAUAUUUUAUGCUGAGUAAAAAAAAAAUUCCCGUGUAAUUAAUUUAUCAAAAACGCAGAAAUAGAUCGGUCACGGCAACAGCAUAAUGAUAUAAAACAGAAGCUCUACGGAAGAAAAGAUUUCACAUUAUUUUUCUGAAAGAUGUGAAAUUCGACGGUGGUCAUCAGGUGGUUUGUGAUGGCUCUGUCUCCGCAAGAACGAACGUGGGCGCAGCUGCAGGAGAAUUUGCAAAGGAAACGCCAGACCCACGGCCUCAAUCGCGACCCACAAGGAGCGAAGUACAACAGAUACAAGAAGGCUCCAUCAGUGCCAUUACCAAGGAUUGUUGAUUCGCCCUCUGAUGCUCCCUUGCGUGGGAGUCACUACCCAGUCAUACCCCCUGUAGCCAAUGACAGAUUUUACAACGAUGAUGCCUUCAGUGUACAAAGCUACAACUCAGACUUUGGACAGAGCGAGGACUUUGAUGACCGACCCUUCUACUCCUCAUCACCCCAGGGUGUGAGUCACCCCUAUCCUUACAUUGGCACAGCCAGGGGUCACCAUGCCAAGCCACCGGCUCAGCGCGACCCCUGGAACUCUUCCACUAGAGUCAGAGGGGAGCGGAGGCCUUUCGUGGACUCGGUGGGACAUGCCUCCCGCCUGCCGGCAAGGCACCAGCAGAGACACAUUGGGCACAGACCGAGGAGGGAAGUGAGGGGGAGGGACCCCAGGGUGGGGGGUUUCCACAGCCGGCACGUCUGGAGAGACCCAAAUGAAGAAGCUCAAUUGGAAGACGACUCGGCGACCGUUGUGCAGCGGCAUUACAGGGGCUACCGAGCAAGAAAGAACCUGGAGCUGUUGCAGCAUCUUCAGAACCCCAGCUUUGCCCUGAGCUUCAUGCAUCACUUCUUGAAGGACGCCUUGCAGAAUGACCUGAUCCUGGAUGUCGCCUGCGAGGUCCUGGUGGAGGAACGAUCACUCAAGCAACAGCAGCAUACAGAAACCAGGCGCUCAGGUGUCAACAGGUUGACUGACGCUUACAGCCCGUCUUACGACUCAAGUUUUUGGGAAGAGGCCUUGGACCGGCCGGACAUUCACAGACCGGUGGCCGCCAGUCUCGUGAUGGAGGUGAUUCGCGAGGAGUCCCGCGGCGUUGUAUCCGACGGGGUCAGCGAACUCUUGCAGGAUUACUUCAACACCAAAGUCGUGGCCGACACCAGUGGGACGAUGAUGACCGAAGUGCUGGUGGAAAUGCUGCCAGAUUUGUUGAAAGAGUGCCAAGUGGAGGUUGCCAUGGAGACAGUCGUUGAGGAUCUCAUCGACGUGGAGACGCAGUCCUGUGUGGGCAGGUUCCUGCAGGAGGCUCUGGUGAGGGGAAACAUGCCCCUCGACAGUCUCGAAAAACAGAUGGACAUACAAGAGGUUGCUAGAGUAGCUGAAAGUUCCUUAUUAGACGCUGCUCUUCUAGAUCAUUUGCUGUCGGCGGUGGUAACGAACGUGAAGAAAUGGAGCCAUGUGGAAUUUGUAGAUAGGUUUCUGGAUGACUGGUUGUUGGAGAUUCUACUUGGCCAAUAUAUCGGCAUUGUACACAAUCGGCGGGCUACUGAGGAAUGCAUUCCCCUGAAACGACUUCACGAGAAGGUUGUCACCGAUGUGGCUCUGGAUACCAUCUUCAGCGAGCUGACAGGCCAUCUACAGGAAGAUCUUCAAGACCUAGAUGAAUAUGAGAGAGAUGAUGAAAGCCCGAUACUCUGAUGCAGUGUUCAAUAGGUUCACAGGUUAAAAUAGGCUGAACUGUUCUACCGAAUGACAUAAUUGUGUGUACAUGUAUUAAAUACAGUUGGAGAACAUCAAUUAAGAAAAAGAGAGAACAACAGAUGCGUUGUUGUCCUCGAAUGGAGGUCUUGAGUUGAGAACGGUCCUCACAUGUGAGUUUGUGUGCUAUGAUAGGAGUGUAAAGUAUGUGGGGUGUGUAUAUAUGUGGGCGGGCUGUCACCGCAUUAGGCCAAAAAAAAAAGUCUCUGGUUUCUGGUAUGCGCACGCAUCGCCGUAGCCAUGCGCGUCGGC